AUGGGGGGUGCCUCUGAUUCCUUCUUCUACCUCUUGCUGUCCCUCUGGGUUCAGGGUGCGGCUGCGACUGGCCUUGGCUUCACAAGAAGAGAUUUCCCACAGGAGUUCGUCUUUGGAGCUGGAACCUCGGCAUACCAAUAUGAGGGUGCUGUUGCUGAGGAUGGCAGGAGCCCAAGCAGUUGGGACACUUUCACUCACGCAGGCAAAAUGCCAGACAAAAGCACGGGAGAUGUUGCUGCAGAUGGGUACCACAAAUACAUGGAGGAUGUCAAGCACAUGUAUGAGACAGGCCUAGAGGCCUAUAGGUUCUCCAUCUCCUGGUCAAGGCUCAUUCCAAAUGGACGCGGAGCUGUCAAUCCCAAAGGGCUACAAUACUACAAUAACCUCAUUGACGAGCUAGUGAAUCAUGGAAUUCAAGUCCACAUCACACUCCACCACCUAGAUCUCCCCCAGAUUCUUGAAGACGAGUAUGGUGGAUGGUUAAGCCCCAGAAUCAUCGAAGAUUUCACAGCAUAUGCAGAUGUUUGCUUCAGGGAGUUUGGAGAUAGGGUUGUAUCUUGGACGACGGUGAAUGAGCCAAACAUUGGCAUAUUGGCCUCUUAUGAUGUUGCUACAUUCCCUCCUGGCCGUUGCUCGGAUCCAUUUGGAGCAACAAAGUGCACCGCUGGGGACUCUACCGUGGAACCAUACAUAGCAGCUCAUAAUACCCUUAUGGCUCAUGCAUCUGCUGUCAGUCUGUAUAGAAAAAAAUAUCAAGCCAUGCAAAAAGGAGUUAUUGGUAUAAGUGUGUACUCUUUCUGGAGUUACCCAUUGACAAAUUCCAUUGUGGAUUUAGCUGCAACUCGGAGAUGUAAAGAUUUCUUCUUUGGCUGGAUACUAGAUCCAUUGGUGUUUGGGGACUACCCAGAAGUAAUGAAGAAGAUUGUUGGCUCUCGCCUUCCAUCCUUCACGGAAGUUCAGUCUGAACUUAUCAAGGGUUCUUUAGAUUUUAUUGGAAUAAAUCACUACUACUCUCUCUACAUGAAUGAUCGCCCUCUAGCAACAGGCGUUCGAGACUACGGCGCAGACAUAUCAGUUAGUUUAAGGGGUUCUAGGACAGACCCACCAUCUGGUCAGGGUCCCCCAGCAGAUGUUCCAAGUGAUCCCAGAGGGCUGGAACUUCAACUGGAGUACCUGAAAGAAACCUACGGGAGCCUUCCGGUCUAUGUCCAAGAGAACGGCAAGUCCGGUGACAGCCUAGAUGACGCCGACAGGGUCGGUUUCCUGGGCAGCUACAUGGAAAGCACACUUAACGCGAUGAGGAAGGGAGCCAACGUGCGAGGCUACUUCGCGUGGGCAUUCGUGGACCUGUUCGAGCUCCUUGCCGGGUACCAGUCGAGGUACGGGCUGUACCGCGUGGACUUCGCCGACGAGAGGCGGCCGCGGCAGGCCAGGCUCUCGGCUCGCUGGUACUCCAGCUUCCUCAAGCGCAACGGAACCACUGCACUCGUUUCUAGGACGGCGGGGAACCAGGAGCUGAGCCUGAGCGCCGUGUCCUGA